AUUGCAUGUUUCAGACGAGGCGAUGUUAAGCGCGACUGUGGCGGCGCUCGCGUGCCUCUGCUUGGCGCGCACCUCGCCCGCCGAGCCUCAAAACUUGCGUCUGUACGCCAAGACCAUAGUCAACCAAAAGGACUUGAGCGGGGUCCUGGCGAGCAUCGACGAACGAUUGCGGGUGCUGGACGCUGUCAGUGCCGCGCAAGUCAAGCAGGCGCGGCGCCUCGACGUCAUUCAGGACAAACUUGAUCGAGUAGAGACGGCUCUAUCUCUGAAGCUGGAGAGGGCACAGUUAGCCGCAGAGCGAUUGGAACAUCGCUUGCAUAUGCUCCAAACGAGUGUACAGACAUCAAUUAAGGAGAGCAGUGACAAAUUAGAACGCACUCAGACGAGCCUGGUGGAGUUGGCGCAGAAUCUGACGAGUCAAAUCGAUUUACAUCGACGUCUUUUAGACAAGGUUAACGGCGCGUAUGCGGACACGUGGCACCGCGGCCUGGUGCUAGAGUCGCUGAUGAGGGACGGGCUCUCGCUGGUCAACGUGACGCGGCGCGAGCUGGCCGACGGGCUGCGAGCACUGGCCCGGCGCCAGGGACACGCGCGCUUCGCCCCCCUCGAUACCGGCCUCGCGAGGCAGAUCAACGACAACACCAACAAGAUUGAUGCUAAGAUGAACGUAUUAUUGGAUGCCCAAAAGCGUUACGUCGAUUCUUGCCAACGAGUACAACUUGACGAUCCCAAUCAAGUCGCCGAUGUUUUGGGAAAAUUGAUCGACACACUAAUAAAUAAGACUGCGUCAACAUUCCAUGAACUUCAAAACAUUCAAGUCACUAUAAAGAACCACGACGCGAAAGUGACCAAAUUGCUAAAUUCUGGCCGUAAUAAUGUACAGAGCGAUUCCACCUGUCGCCGCCUCGAAACCAUCAUGCGCAACUCAACGAAGCCGUCGUUCAAAGAGACUGAACUUCAGCAGCUGACGGAGAAACUGGUGGACCUCACGAACCGCGCGGACGCGGCCCUGCAACGGCUUGAGACGAGACUCAAGGACGACGGCGACGGGCCGGCGCCCAACAUCACGGCUGCUGCAGACCAGCUUCUGCUGAAGCUGAAUAGCAUCAAAGGUGAGCAAGAAUAUGAUGACGAAUUUAAUUGGGAGGAUGACGACCCAGAGUACAGCUUUUACGACGAUGGCGGCGGCGGUGACAUGAUGGACGAGGAUAAAAAGAUACUCAGCAGCAGAAGCUUGGACAAGGGCACAGAGAGCCCCACGGAGCGGCCACCGCACCGAAGACAUCUCCACAAACACCCAUAUGAUCGCGGUCCAAGUCGAGGGAACUAGCCACUAUAUUUUUUUAUGUGAAAAUGUGUCAUUUGUAUAAGAACUGUAUUAUAAUGUUUUAAUACUAUAUUAAUUAAGUAUUACUUGAUAUAAAUUGAUAUAAAACCGUAUUUUGAAAUUUUA